AUGGAAGCCGAAGGGUGCAACGUUCCAAAAACUGGCAAUCCUCCACUCUCAACUAUAAUCUACUUAGUUUUCUCAGCAGUUGAGGCUGUUGUUGGGAUGUCACUGAAUGCUUUUAUUGUUGCAGUGAAUUGCAUUAAUGGGAUCAAAAGCAGACAUCUGAAAUCCAUUGAUAAAAUCUUGACUGCUCUGGGGAUCUCUAGAUUUUUCUACUUGUGCAUACUUUCGGUAAAGAUUUUCUGGGAAGCAAUCUUUCCUUGGACAUUUGAGGUCACCAAUGUGUACCAAACAUUGAAAGCUGCCAUCUGGUUUCUAACUUGUACCAGCCUCUGCUUCUCCGCCUGCCUGUGUUCAUUUUACUGUAUAAAGAUUGCUAAUUUCCAGCACCACAUCUUCAUCCGCCUGAAGAUGGGAAUCUCCAAAUUAGUACCCUGGUUGCUCCUGGUUUCUGUGCUUGGAUCACUGGUCAACACUUCCCCUUUCUUUAGUGGUAUUUACAGUAUUACCUGCAGAAAAAAUAAUAAUAGUUUUGAUGUGUUGGGAAACCACAGUCUUGAAGGCAUUAGUGUACAAACAAAUUUGUUUAAUCUGUUUCUAUACUGUGGCACUGGGUUUUCAGUGGUUUUCUUCAUACUGACCACAUCAACGUUUCUCUUGCUCUUUUCUCUGUGGAGACAAACUCACCAGAUACAGAAGAGCCUGGCCAGUUUCAGCAACCCAAGCAUGGCUGCCCAUUUUCAGGCAGUGAAAACUAUCAUGUCUCUCUUGAUCACUGAUGUCAUUAAUUUUGUAUCAUUGAUGCUCCUUCUGUCAAAUAUAUUUCCAGAGAAAAGUCCUACAAAUCAGCUUUGCAUCUUCAUUGUCUAUGCAUGUCCUUCAGUACAAUCUAUCAUCCUGGUUGGGGGAAAUCCCAAAUUAAAAAGGGGUUUUAGCAGAGUCAUGCAUUAUAUCAGGCACAUGUCCAUGUUUUGA